AUGCGUAUCAAUCCACCCGUUCACCCGCAGACACUGGGCUGCUUUCUUGCCUAUGUGUCUGUGAAGUUGCCCAUCCGCACCAUGCUGUCUAAAUGGAGCUUGGCCGGUAUUGCGUUGCGAAUUCGACAAGCUGUGCUACGUGCUGGACCGGGAUACACUGAGGAUGUCGGGGCAUUCAUUGAUCACCACGUGACCUACGUCGACCGCCUAGUCCCCACGGCGUUCUUGAAUGUCCCCGAUUUCAAUUUUGUGCAAUCCUCAUGGGUCGGCUUUGCGUUGUAUAGCCUCGACUGGGGCCAUCUUGGCAAGAUCCAAGCUGUGCGCUCGCCUAGCUUGGGCGUCAUUAAUGGCUUACAGGUGAUCUUGCCAGUACUUCCGGAUGGUGGAAUAGAAGUUUUGAUUGGCGUCGAGGAAAGCUGUCUUGACAGGUUUCUGCGUGAACCAUUGUGGAACAAGUUUGCAUCAUUUGCACUUGCAUCUGCUGUUAUCCAAGGUGCCGCCAAAAGACCACUACCUCUGGUAUCUCUCCAAUAG